AAAAAAAUGUAAUAAAAUAUUCAAGGUCGUCGUGCGAUAAAUCGCGUAAAUAAAGCAACGGUUGAUUGUUUGAACUUUGAUGACUUGCUAAUUUACUCUUUCUUAUUCGUUUACUUAUAGAAUGUCUCAAGAUCGUCCAUCAUCGCGCGAUGGCACCAGCAAAAUCAUGAGUCAUGUUCUGAUGCAAACAUCGCCAAUUCAGUACGCUACUGCUGCUACGAGUAACAACAUCAACAACAAUAAUAACAACAUCAACAACAACAACCUGAUUCUCAAUAAAAAUAACUUUUUGACAAUUGAAACAUCCAACAACAUUUCAAACACAUUGAUUCAUAACAAAAACAGUUGCAGUGCAAUGUUAGCAAGUUCAUCAGCAACAAACUCUAUUCUAACGCCGUCUGUGAAUUAUAUAACAACGACAACAAAUGUUGAUGGCCAGAAUGAGGUCAACGGAAGUCAGAUUGUAUUGCUUGCUAAUGAGAACUUGGAGCCAUCGGAUAAUGAACAGACGCCAGACACUGUUGAUCGGAAAGUUACGAAUGGAGCAACAGAUGAAGAAUUAACGCCCCUGCAUUGGCUUCACGAUAAAAAUUUAUUGAAAGGAAUUAAUUUAUCAUGUCCCAAAGUGCAAUCACCGUCCGAAACGAAUGAAAGAAACGCUGGUGGACGUACAAGCACCGCUGGUGAUUCAAUUGAUGAUUCGGGAGUUUCAGAAGAUAACAAUUCUAUCGUGAAUUCUUCAAGUGAACAUAAUGGACAUUCAACAUCACCAUCAUCACCUAAACCAUUAAACUACACAACAACUGAUAACAAUAGUAGCAACUUGUUAAUUAAUUCGUUAAGUUCCGUCAAAAGUUUGGAAAAAAAUAGUCAAAAUAGUUUAAGUAACACAACAGCCGUCGUUACAUCGACGACAUCAAAUGAUAUCAAUAUGAAAUCGGCAGCGGGUCUUAGCAAUAAUAGUCUUAACAAUAGUCUUAGUUCAUUGGAUCAUUAUCAGAGUAGCAAUUUAAGCUCGGAAGAGUCGAUUAAUCAAAUCAUUAAAACACCUCAAACACCUCAUCAACAUUUUCAUAAGAAAUAUCUGAGGGAGACGUUGAAGCAGCAAGAUGAAGAAAAGAAACAACAACAGCAAGAACAAAUGCAUAUUCAAAAUGCUCACAUGAGCUCUUACAUCAUAACAAAGAAUCAGUCUGAAGGUCGCUACAUCUACGCUGAUGAACGCGACAUAAUCGCUAAUUAUAAUAACAAUAAUAACAACAACAACAUCCAAAGCAAUUACGAGAAGAGUCAUGAAUAUGAUUUAUCACAAAAGAUCAUCGACUAUGCUACACCAAAGUCAACUUCUUACUCUUCGGGAUCAUCAAUCGCAAGCUCAUCAUCAUCAUCGCCUUCGCCAAAACAAAAGCAACAUCCAAAUAAUAUUCCAUAUGAUCCGUUGGUGCAUACAGCGAGUAAGCCACCAUACAGUUUCAGUUCCUUAAUCUUCAUGGCUAUUGAAGAUUCACUUCAAAAGGCGUUGCCAGUGAAGGAAAUUUACGCUUGGAUCAUUCAACAUUUUCCUUACUUCAAAACGGCACCAACUGGGUGGAAAAACAGUGUUAGACAUAAUUUAUCACUCAACAAAUGCUUUCAAAAAGUUGAAAAAGCAGCUUCACCAAAUGUUGUUCCAUUACAGAAUCUCGGCAAAGGUUCUUUGUGGAUGGUUGAACCUCAAUAUCGUCCUAACUUAAUUCAAGCUUUGACACGAUCACCAUUUCAUCCUUGUUCAACAUGGGAGAAGCAUGCAAAGAAUCUUAUCAAAACACCAAGUGAAAGUCCGGGAUCAAAGCAAAGUAACGGAUCUGCACGUCUUCCAAAUCCGGAACAUUUUCCAUUUUUAUCACGUCGAUUAGCAGCCGCAAUGGAAAGUUAUGACGAAGAGGGUCAAAGUCGCGCAAGUACUCCAUCAACAAAUUACGAAGUCCCCCAAAAUUAUAGCACAAACGGAAUGGUGAUUUAUCAAAACAAUAACUCAAUCAUCAUUAACGGAAAUAUUCAUAAUUCAGAGCUGAUGAGCCGCGAGUUAAAUGCUGAGACGAUUGAUGAUGUCAAUGCAGCAACCGCUAUGUUGGCAUUGAAACAUGGACCGAAAAUAUUCACUGAAGGAAUUCCGUUUGCACACCCGCCAAUUAUAACAACGUCGCCGAGUGAAGAUCACACAUAUUCUGCAUUUACCGGUGGCAAGAAUGGAACUGACAAUAAUAGUAAUGGAACGUCGUCAGAUGCUGCCUAUGAAAGUAGUGAAGAAAGUCCCAACGUUGUUUAUCAAUUCAGUCAACCUUUAAAUGAGAAAGAGAUGGAAGAACAGCGACGUCAAGCUGAAGGUGUAGAUGCUUUGUUGAAUCUUGCUGGUUAUAAUACGAGUACAACUCUUCUUCUUAAACGACCAGCAUCGGUGGAUGAGCCUCAACAAUUUGAGAAGAAACAAUAUUUCUAUACAACAGAAAUUGCGCCGUCAAAUCAAUAUCAUUCAAAUGACUACUACACAAAUGAACCACCGACAAAGAAGACUAAAUCAAGAAUAUUGCGCAAUAAAUUAAAGAAAAAGCCGUGGUAUCGAUAGUUGACAUGUCGUUGGUUUGAAAGACUUUUAAUGGGACAUUAUUGCGGAUAGCUAACAGAAAUGGAAAGUUUAGAGAAAUAAAAAAAAAUUAAAGUUUUUAAUGCCUUCGCUUAGAAAUUUGCUUGUGUUUAAAAACCUCCGAAGGAAGAGAAAGAUUAGAAUGAUUGUUGGAGUAACAAGUGACAUAAAACAAUGGAUAAGCGAUAAAAUACCGAUGAAUGAUGAUAAAAACAAUUCCCAAAUAAAAUUUUGUUUAGCUCGAUUACUAAAACGAGAAACGAAGCGUGUUGAGCUUUAAAACAUGAAAAGGAAGAAAAAAAACUUUUAGAUAAUCCUAAUUUUUUGAUUGCAUUUUUGUAAAAUGAUGUAAGUUUUAAGUCGCUAAAGUUUGAAUUAAAAAAUAGCAAAAUUAUCUUUAAAGUUUUCUUUUUUAGAAUAAUUUCUAUCGAUGCGCUAUUGCAUUAAUGUUAACUCUUGUUUGAGACAUUAGUCAAUCAACUAUUAUUUGUCCUUACAAAGCUAAUGAACUGUAGUUUAUUCCCUCGUUAUGUUAAUUAGAUAAAAGGAAAAAAAUGGAAAAUGCAUAAGAAAAUAUUUUAAAUUAAAUUUUCUAGGGGAAAUUAUAUUGAUUUAUAGUGCCAAUGUGUUAACUCAAUUCGUUAUUCUUUUGACUUUGAUGAUCGUCCUUAAUUUGAAGAAAGAAAAUUUUUUGUUGCUUUGAUUUUUAAAAAAUCAUUUCUAAAUUCUAUUGAAUGAACUGAAACUUUGUGAACUUUCCUGUCUCCGCCUUAAUGAAUGGAAAGAAAACGAUCUAGUUUCGGAGUACAAAAUUAUACUAAAAGAACAUUUUCGAUCGCAAUGAAAAAUAAAUUAGAUAUUUAUCAUAAUGAAACAAAAAAGAAAUUUUCGCUAUAAUUUCUUUAAAUAGAAUUUUCUGACUUUAAUGAUUAAACCACAUUUAACAUUUUGUGUCAUAUUUCCGCGUAAAUAAAUUAUUUGGAGAAAAUGAAAUCAAAAAGCGAGAAAUGUGGAAGAAAAUGAAACUUUUUUCAAAAUUAAACUGAUGAUCAUGUCACAAAGAAAGAAAAAAUUAAAUAAAUAAUAUUAAAAAGAAAUGAGAAAAGAGACGAAACACGUUAGUCAGUCAUAAUAAAUGAGAAUAAAUUAUGUAAUUUAACGGAAUGAUUUUUUUCUUAAGCUAUGAAAAUGAAAUAACAUGAUAGAGUGCCUGUAAUCUUUUAAUUGAUUUAAAACAUAAUGUGCAUAAAUUGUGCAUUUCCUUUAGAUUUCACUUCUUUUUUUGUUUCUUGAAAAUGAAAAUAAAAUCAGAUUGAUAUUCAAUUAAAAUUAAAAGAG